AAAUGUGUUUAAGGAUUGGUUUGUUUAUGAAGCUUGAUGUGGUUUCUGUUAUUUUAGGAGAGUUCAUUGACAAUCAUGAUUUAGUCAAUUUAAUUAUAGUACUCGGUAAAAGGUUUAUUUUUAAGGCCAAAAACAGAUAUUCACUUAGUAUUACUUUCUUUAAAACAUUUAUUCAGUAUUUUUUUACUUUAGAAAUUUACAUGGUUGAAAACGAUAAUGAUGCCAAAAAACAUUUUAAAAAAAGAUGGGAAGUCCUCAAAGGCUUAUUUUGAAAGUAUAAUUAUGUUUAUAGAUUAUAUGACAUCUGUUGUUGUGUUCCCUAAUUUUUUUCUGUGUACAUGAAUGAAGGUGUGUGUUGCUGAGUCCGACUUGGACAUUAUCUGGACUGGACCUGCUUUUAAAAACCCUUUAAACAAAUCUAAUUUCAUUGACAACCUGGUCUGGUGAAGAUAAGGUCAUUUAAAAAAAAAAAAAAAAAAAAAAAGAUUCAUUUUCAUUUUCAUUUCAUUUUCAUUUUCAUGUUUAUUUCGAAUAUGUAGACAAAACAAAAACAACAAAUUUUGAAAAAACAACAAAAAAGCCAUUCAAGAAUGAAUAACAAAAACAACAAUAAUAAUAAUAAUAAUAAUAGUAAUAAUAAAAAGCAAAAGAAACAAGAAAUGAAAAUAAACAUUUAAUGUAAACAUAUCCGAAAAGGAGUGAGAAGAAGUAAAAACUUAUGUACUCCCACCCCUCUUAUUACUUACUGUAUGUUUAAUAAUAAUAAUAAUAAUAGUAUAUAAAAAUGUUAUGUCAUAUAAAUACAUAUACACAUAUAAGUACGUACACAUAUAUACAUACAUACACACAUACAUAUAUACAUAUAUAUAUAUAUACAUAUACAUACAUGUACAUCCACAACACACAUUUAACAAGUAACUAUGAAUGUGACACAUACAUAGUAUACAUAUACAUACACAUACAAACCCACUGACUCUUAGUGCAGUUCACUAUAUCCUGUGAACAAUAUAUUUUGGUACAUUCUUUUAAAAACAUUGAUGCUUGGACUUUGCUUAUGUACUUCGCUCAGAUUGUUCCACAACUUGACACCUGUGAUGGAAAUGCAAAAACUUUUCAUGGUGGAAUUUCUCAUCUGAAUUUUAAAAUUGAGUUCUCCCCUCAAACUAUGCCCCCCCCUCACGUUCACUAAACAUGUUUUGAAUGUUCAGUGGUAACAAAUGGUUCCUAGCCCUGUACAUAGUUAUUGCUGUUUGAUAUGAGACAAUGUCGGUGAAUUUGAAUCAUUUAGACUGUAGAAAUAGUGCAUUGGUGUGUUCCAGAUAGCCCACCUUGUGAAUGGUCCUUACUGCUCUUUUUUGUAAAAUGAUUAGUGACUGUAACCAACUUUUGUAAUUGUUACCCCAGACUUCAGUACAGUAGUUUAAGUAUGGCAAGACUAAAGAACAGUAGAGAGUGUGUAUGAUCCAGAACCUGCUUUGCUUUGUUUAUGACUGCUAUACUUCUUGCUACUUUGUAUUUGACAUGUGUAAUAUGUGCUUUCCAGCUGAGCUUGUCGUCAAUUGUUACACCAAGGAAUUUGAUUUUGUGCACUUGCUCAAUAGCCACCCCAUCAAUUUCUAUAUUCAACUGUGUGUUUAAGCUGAACCUGCCAAAGAACAUAAACUUGGUCUUGCUCACAUUCAAAGAUAAUUUGUUCCAGUCAAACCAUAAUUUCAGUUUAUACAACUCUUCAUUUAUGUUCUUUUGUAACGUAUCUAGAUCAUCACCAGAGCAAAAUACAUUAGUGUCAUCUGCGAAAAGUACCAUAGACAGCAACUUGGAUACUUGGCAAAUAUCAUUUAUGUACAGUAUAAAAAGUUUUGGUCCCAAUACUGACCCCUGGGGGACUCCACAAGCAAUGUCCAAGCAAUUUGAGCUAUGCUUUCCCAGCUUCACAAACUGUUUCCGUCUGUCCAAAUAGCUUUUUAUCCAGUCUAUUGCCAUACCUCUUAUACCAAUUUUCUCCAGUUUAUUAAUUAAUAUAUUGUGAUUGAUAAUGUCAAAAGCUUUUCUGAGGUCAAUGAAGAUGCCAAUUGCAUAUUGAUGAUUAUCAAUUGCGUCUGUGAUUCUUUCAAUGGAUUCCAUCAAUGCUUGAAAAGUUGAUCUUUUAGUUCUAAAACCGUAUUGACUCUCUGAGAGUACAUUAUUUUUUUCCAGGAAUGAAUCUAAUCUGCUAUUAAAAAGUUUCUCCAAUAUUUUUGAAAAUUGAGGCAGUAGUGAGACAGGUGUGUAGUUUGUGAAGUGUGCUGGACUAGUGUAGUUUGUGAAGUGUGCUGGACUAGUGUAGUUUGUGAAGUGUGCUGGACUAGUGUAGUUUGUGAAGUGUGCUGGACUAGUGUAGUUUGUGAAGUGUGCUGGACUAGUGUAGUUUGUGAAGUGUGCUGGACUAGUGUAGUUUGUGAAGUGUGCUGGACUAGUGUAGUUUGUGAAGUGUGCUGGACUAGUGUAGUUUGUGAAGUGUGCUGGACUAGUGUAGUUUGUGAAGUGUGCUGGACUAGUGUAGUUUGUGAAGUGUGCUGGACUAGUGUAGUUUGUGAAGUGUGCUGGACUAGUGUAGUUUGUGAAGUGUGCUGGACUAGUGUAGUUUGUGAAGUGUGCUGGACUAGUGUAGUUUGUGUGGACUUUGCCUACACAAGGCUACUACUUUUUACAACAAGCUACCGAGCUGCUAAACUUUAGCUACAAACACUGCUAACGUGUUACCCUCGGGUGGCUCGUCUCUAAGCCAGUGUCCGAGUGGUAAUCAACAUGGGAACCAAGAAGAACAAGGAGGACAUCGACGAAAUGAGAAAGUCGCUUGACUUUCUGACGGAGGAGAUGUCUGUUGUGAGUAAAGAGCAGAAAACGAUCAUGGAGCUGGUUGCGGAAGUGACGACGCUGCGGAUCCAGAACGCCGAGAAGGACAAACGACUCGACUUUUUGGAGAGCAGGGUCCAAGCUUUGGAGCAAUACAGCAGGAUAAAUGAUGUGAUUGUAUCGGGUCUCCACAUAAAACCCCGGUCAUACGCGCGGGCGGUGACCGCCGGUAAGAACGCGGGGGCGAGCGGUGUCGCCGACGGUGAGCUGGAUAUCUCAACGGAGCAACAAGUGGCUACCUUUGUACAGUCCAAAGGAAUCACACUGGACUGUAACACCAUCGAGGCUUGCCCAGGAGAAACAACGACAGCAAUGACAAACCAGCUGUCAUCAUAAGGUAUCUUGACCAUCACUUGGAGCCCACACAAGUUUGCUGAGCAUCUGAGGACAGCAGAAGAGGACAAGCAAAAAUGAAGGUGGAGAUGUGGAAGGUGCACGCCACGCUACAGUCGGCGCUGGAUGGCAACGUGGCGAUUUGGACACCUCCAAAUGUGGAAUUUCAGCAGGUGUUGGACGGAUUGUCUCAACACGAGCGGAAAAAAGUGGAGGAUCAUCUCUUACGCGAAAUUGAAAAGGCCAGACUCAUAGAACGUCAAGAUGCCCAAGAGCAGAUUCAUCGCUCCCAAGAGCAGAUUCAUCGCUCCCAAGAGCAGAUUCAUCGCUCCCAAGAGCAGAUUCAUCUUCGCGACCAGCAGAUUCUUCUUCGCGACCAGCAGAUUAAAGAAUUAAAAGAAGAGCUUGUCCAAGAUAAAUUAAAAUCCCCGGAGAAAAACCAAAACCAAAAAGCCGCCUGUGAGGACGAGCAGGACGAUUCCAGUUUAGGAACCAGCCGGGGCCCCGCUGAUAAGAUGCCGGCGGCCAAAAGGGCCAAAAGGGGUCCAACUAAGAGGAAGAAGGAGCAGCAGGGUGAGGAGCAGCAGGCUGAGGAGCAGCAGGGCGAGGAGCAGCAGGCUGAGGAGCAGCAGGGUGAGGAGCAGCAGUAGGAUCAUCUCUGCUGACAUCACAGAGGAGCAGAAAGAAGGAAGGACCUCCAACAUUUCGAAUACACGUUCAACUAAAUAUAUGUUCCACUAUAAAUGUUAACUCUUGUUAAAAUAGUUUUUUAGUUAGUGAUUUAAAGGAGUCAUUCAUGUUUAGUAAUUUUGUAAUGGCUGAUAGUUAUUUAUUCACUUGAAAUAAAAGGUUCAGGCUGACCUGGGUUAUUUUCAGUGUGGUAACAUGC